ACCAAACUUGAACCAUUUAACUAAUUUGAGUGACCAAGAUUGGAUUUAAAUAUUUACAGUGACCAAACAUGAACGUUUUUUGUAAUCUCGGUGACCAACCAUGCAAUUAACCCAAAAUUCCUCAUAUUAAAAACUCAGGUUUUUAAACCGUGGGAUUGUGUAUAAAAUCCCAAGUUUUAGAAAACUCUCAUCCAAACGACCCCAUAAAAAGAGGGAACAGAGCUAGAAACUCCAGAAAAGAAAAUAGAAAAGAAACAAGAAGACUUCCGGUCCGGACUUCACCACCGCCCCGGAAGUUCCAAUGCUGCGUGGCGAAUAGAUUUUCCCACGGAAAUCCGACGACGACGACGGCCCAUUCCUGAGCUCCGCAGUUGAUUGCUGAAAGCUCCUUCCUUUCUAUUAUCUGCUUUCCCUUUUCGUUUCUUCCAGAGCUCGAUUCGGGUGGAGGAAAAAGCAAAAUGUUGCAGCAGACAUCUGGAGGAGGGGGCGGGGGGUCAAUAAUGGCGCUGAACGUGUUCAAGUUCUGCACUUUCCUGCGCGCCCUCGGUUCCAUUAUGAUCUUCUUGGUGUUGGGCGUCAUCGGGUUGACCUAUUAUGUUAUCGUCGUUCAGAAUUACGGCCCAGCUCUGUUCAAUGGCGGGGUCGAUUCGUUUGUUGCUUUCCUCGUGUUGCUUCUCUUCCAUGCUUUCUUGGUGAUGCUUGUAUGGAGCUACUUUUCCACUAUUCUGACGGAUCCUGGUGGUGUCCCGCAAACUUGGAGGCCAACAACAGAUGAGGAGGAGGGUGGUAUUGUGGACCCAUUGGUGGAUACAGCGGCUGGUUUAGGUAUAAACAGGGAUGAAACGCAGAAAACACGAUUCUGUCGGAAGUGCAACCAGUUUAAACCACCUCGUUCCCACCACUGCUCGGUUUGUGAGUUUCUUUUUCGUUUCACUAACCUAAAUCUUUCGGCAUGAGCCUUAAUUCUUUUCCUUCUAAUAAAGCUAUCCAUUAUUCGUCUCUUGGGUAGGCCGAAGAUGCAUAUUAAAGAUGGACCACCACUGUGUUUGGGUCGUUAAUUGUGUUGGGGCACUGAACUACAAGUAUUUCCUUCUUUUUUUGUUCUACACAUUUCUUGAAACAGCCCUUGUCACUGUAUCGUUGCUUCAUCUGUUCAUAGCGUUUUUUGGGGAUGGUGAAAUAGAUGGAACGGCAGGGGAUCUCGUGGCUACUUUUAUUGCAUUUGUUUUGAAUUUGUCAUUUGCAUUGAGUCUCCUGGGCUUUGUUAUUUUGCACAUAUCAUUGGUGUUAGCCAAUACCACGACCAUCGAGGCUUAUGAAAAGAAAACUGAUCCCAGAUGGCGUUAUGACCUUGGUCGAAUGAGGAACUUUGAACAGGUAUUCGGCACUGACAAGAGAUACUGGCUAAUCCCGGCAUAUACAGCUGACGAUUUAAGGCAUAUGCCAGCACUGCAUGGGUUGGAGUACCCAAUCAGACCCAACUUGGGUGAGCUUCAGGAGCUCUGAUGACUGCCGCAGUUGGGGCAAAAAGACAAAAUCAACUACUAAACUCUGCAUCACGCCUGACAUUACAUCUUCUCCCGGGUCAACCUGGAAGCGAAACUGAAGGGGAAGCAAUACCAACCAGGAUCAUAGCAGCACUUGACCCAGCUCCCGACGUUGGACAAAUAUCUCUGACUGACUUGUGUGGUGAAGUUCAUGCUGUCUUUAUUAACGUGUGCAACAACCUUGUAAUUUUUGUAAAUACUUGGAGUGGAAGAAAACCGUGUAACAUUAGGCCUGGUUUCUUUCCUUUUUAGAGCUCUAGGUGAAGGUCACGAUUUUACAGUUAUAAUUUCGGUGUGAUAGCUGGCAACUGGUGCAAAUGUGUGAUAAUUUUUCUAUCCUGAGUCCUUGUGUUUAUCCAAAAACGUUGACCAAUUUUGUUCCGUAAGUUCUAAAUUGGUCGAAUUGCAUAAUGGUCAACUACUGGCAUCGAUCAAAGCCUAAAGCUCA